AUGUCCUCAACAGGCAAUGGCUGGGCUCAACUCCGCCAACAGGCACGAGCUUUAGAGUCCCAAACCGAGAACCUGUUCCAUACGUACUCUCAAUUCUCUUCCACCUCAAAGAUCCCGCCGAGACCCAGCGAAGAAGAACAGAAGACAGAAUCGCAGAUCGAGGAACUCCUAGAAAAGCGUGAGAAUCUUGUAGCUCAAAUUUCACGCCUUCUCGACUCCGAGUCUACCCUCACCUCCUCUGCCCUGAAACAGAACAAUCUCUCCCGCCACCGAGAAAUCCUUCGAGAGCACGAGGGCGAGCUCGCCCGCAUACGCUCCCAGAUAUCUACCGCGCGCGAUCGCGCCAACCUCCUUUCAAAUGUCCGCUCUGACAUAGAUGCUUACCGGUCCUCAAACCCCGCCGAUUCAGAAGCCGACUACAUGCUAGAUGAAAGAGAUCGAAUAGACAGGAGCCACAACACGGUGGAUGGAGUGCUGAGCCAGGCUUACGCUAUCAAUGAGAACUUUGGAGUCCAGAGAGACACGCUGUCGAAUGUGAACCGGAGGAUAGUCGGGGCCGCAAGUCAGAUUCCGGGGGUCAACAGCCUGAUAGGGAAGAUUGGGGCGAAAAAGAGGAGAGACGGCAUCAUUCUUGGGAGUUUCAUAGCGCUGUGCUGCCUGGCGUUGCUUUACUUUCUGUGA